GUCUGCGAAGGAAUUAAUCGAUUCAGCCUUCCGACCCUCCCGCAUUUGCGCUCGACAUCCACGAGUCUGAUCCAAGAGUCGCCGCAUAGCUGUAGGAGUCAAGGAAAGGUUGCGAAGUGAAUUCAACAUGGGAAAAUCACAAUCAAAGCUCUCCCAAGAGCAGCUCACUGAGCUCCAGCGAUCCACUCACUUUGACAAGAAGGAGUUGCAGCAAUGGUAUAAAGGCUUCUUGAAGGACUGUCCAUCCGGCAUGCUUACGAAGGAGGAAUUUCAAAAGAUCUAUCGGCAAUUCUUUCCAUUCGGGGAUCCAUCUUCUUUUGCAGAUUACGUAUUCAAUGUCUUUGAUAGCGACAAGUCUGGGUCGAUCGAUUUCAAGGAGUUUAUUUGCGCACUCAGUGUUACAAGCAGAGGAAAGAUGGAAGAUAAGCUUGACUGGGCUUUCCAGCUUUAUGACAUCGAUGGCGACGGAAAGAUCAGUUAUGAUGAGAUGUUGGCUAUUGUAGAGGCAAUUUAUAAGAUGGUCGGCUCAAUGGUCAAACUCCCAGCAGAUGAAGAUACCCCCGAAAAACGAGUCAGGAAGAUCUUCCGCAUGAUGGACAAGGACGAGAACGGCAGUUUGGAUAUGGAAGAAUUCAAGGAGGGUAGCAAGCGUGACGAGACGAUUGUAUCUGCGUUGUCACUGUACGAUGGCCUCGUUUGAUUGCGUCUGCAUCUUCGUGAGGAAGUUUAUUGGUGCAAUAGAUAAGGGCCCUCGCGAACGACUUUACGGGGCUCUCCCUCCUCUACUCUACACCUCGUGAUGAGUGGUAGUCAUACCUCUAUGGAUGGUGCACCAUUCUGUGG